AAAUCUUUUGUAACGAAUGACCAACAAUUUAAAUUCUUCUCUACACAUAUACAAUAUCAUACAUUCUGUUACAACAACUCAAAAUCAUCAUCAUCGUCUUCACCCUUCUUGUUACUGUCAUCGCCAAAAAUAAAACAAAAAAUCUUUAGAGGAUGUGAAAAAAAUGAAGCAUCGUACAAUGUCUUUCAAUUGGAUGCAUUCGUUAAUACAACAGCUAUUUCCGAUAUAAAACAAUUCCCAAAAGUCACUCAGGCCAUUGAUGCCAUCGAUGUAUCGGAACGUACACUGUUGUCGUUGACACAAACAAUACAAACCAUAUUGGAGAAUAUGUUCCAAAUGUCAUCGUUUAAUUUAACCACAUAUCGUACGACAAUAGGAGCACCCACACCCGAAAAAGUGGCUACUUUUAUUGAUCAAAUGCAAAGAGUCGCAUUGCAGAUACAAGACGUGGCAACCUCAUCACGUAUGACUACACUAGGUAGUCGUUCCAAACGUUUGCAGGCCUCAAUACUACAACCUCUCGAACAGUUACAAAAUGAAAUACUCUAUCAUUUGACCGCCUUGGAAUUGCAGCGAGAUCCCUGGGCUAAACAGGUUAAUCAGACCUUAAAUCAUUUACGCAAUAUACAGGAGUAUUUGGAAAAGAUGGCUGGAGAGAUAUGUCAAACAACACGUAUUUAUACAGAAAGACUGAAAACCUAUUUAAGCAAUGAUAAGGCCACCAUGUCUUCUCAACUGGGUGAAACUACGGCCAGAUGUCGUCCCUUUUUUGAUAUAUUCGAUGCAAAUCGCAUAUUUCUUUGUCGAAAUAUGAUAGAUUUCGUUAAUGCUUUAUGGUUUUUCACUUUUACACUACUUUUGUGGUCCAUAGCUACACCGGUGGGUUUAAAUCUUAUUUCGUUGCAUAGGAAAAUAAAUGGUUUACGCAAAGCUAAGCUACGUGCUGCCGAAAGAGCCACCGAGAGAGGUGAUUCAUUUAGUCGUGGACGAAGAAGAGAUCGUGGCCGUAGUACUUCGCGUGAUAGAGAACGUAGUACAAGUAGUACGGGUAGACCCAGACCAACUUUACAACGAACUGCCACCGAGGAGACCUUAGAUAUAGAAAAUUUAAACGAUGCACCCUCACAACGCGCUCAAAUGGGUCGCGAAAGGGAACGAGAACGUGAGCGAGAGCGUUCCCGUGAACGAGAGCGUGAACGCGAACGAUCUAGAGAAAGGGAACGUGAAAGACAGAGCAGAAGUCGUGAAGUAUCACAGGAUAAUUUAGGAGGGCGUAGAGGUGGACAAAUCCGUCGUCAAGGUACCGAAGAAGAAAGUUUGGACUCGGGUCCUAGCCGGGGUACUUCCUAUGAAAGAGAAGAAAGUCAAUCACGUGUUAGAAGUGGUAGCAGUGCCCCGCAAAGACAGUCGAGACCGCAGCAGUCUCAGCCACAGCGGUCAAGAUUUCAACAGCCACCACCCUUACGUCGGCAAGGCACCGAAGAGUUUGCCUUAGAUGAUGAUGAAACCUGGCAAUCGCCUGCGCAAACUAGUCGUGGACGUAGUGAACCUCGUCGGGGUGAAGCACAACGUACCAAACGUUCGGUAACUCCAGUACUGCCAGUGCGACCAGAUGCUCAGCCAGCCCAACCAAAACCUCGGACACCUACACGUCUAAAAAGUCGUGUUUCACUGACCAGUCGUGCAGUAAGAAAUAUUGUUGAGAAUCGUGACGGUCGCAAUAGGGGAUUGCAACGACAGAAUACUGAAGAUUUUGAAUUGGAUGAUGAUGAUAAUAGUUAUGGUACUUCUAGAAGUACUUCACAGGCCGUGCAAGCGGCUCGUCGUACACCACCACGUUCGGCCCCACCGCCACCACCUCCACCCUCAAACAGAUUCAAAGCGAGUAGUGUACGCACCGUCCGUUGGCAUGCCGGUGACGAGGAAAUGGUAUUCGAAGAUUGUGAUUCGCCUAAUCCCAUUUAUAUGAGUCAUGAUCUGAACGAUUAGAAAAGGAGUAGAAUGGGGAAACAAAUUUAAUAGUACAGCAGUGUACCGUCACUUUUAUAUUUUUUCUUAAUGAAAGAAAAAUCCACAUGCACGAUUUUAUUACAAAAUGUCUUUUAUUGUUUUUGUAAUACUCUUUAUACUGGACUUAAUAAUGUAUAAUUGUUAUCCUUUUUUUUUUUUUGAAUUUUUAUUUUGAGUUUUUAUAACCAAUAAUAAAUCUAUUUAAUAAUUUUAUUAAAAUAUAA